AACACAGGCAAUAAUAAUAAUAAAAAAAAAUGGGUCCAUCGUGGCGCAGUGCGAUACUAGACAGAAUAGAUCAGGAGAGGAACACAGCAGACCCUGAUAUGCACCGCCACCUGCUGGACAGCCGGUGGUACUUCAGUGACUUCGCCUCGGGUUGUUUUUCCUUCCAACUGAAAGCGAAAGUUUUCAGUCAGAAAGGCAGAAAAAGGACGAUCGGAAAACUCAACGGAAACAUGGUGAAGGUUUACUCGCAUGUUGUUGGAAACACCUUAGACUCUCAUCGCACAAUAGAAAAAAAACUCAAGAAAAGAGGCGCAAAACUGCAAGGCAGCCCUGAUCUGAGUGAUUACACAAUCGUCUUCUGUCCGAUCGUCAGUCGUUUUGAGACGGACAUCCAGUCAGCGCUGUCCACCGUCUCAGGAAGCCGGAAUGUGAUUCUGGUGGCGAUGCAUCACACUUACGACCCGAACUACACCUUACCAGACAAAAGGAGCUUCGACAACACGGCAGUGAAGCUCCUGGUGGAGUUUCUGUUUUUCGAGAAGAAGGGACUUCUGAAAUGUCCGCGCAACUCAAAGGCGAAGAAGGCAAUCUGGAAAGAGCUGGGGAUUUCAAACCUAAUGAAAAGGAAUAAAUCCUCGUGAGAAACUCCUGAAGCUGCAGCUGAUGUUAUUUCUUUGUAUCAAAAAUAAAAGUUUGUGAUUUUAAA